UGCAUGACAGUUUUUUUAUAAAUAUGAAAUAGUCAUUUAGAUGAGGGUAUAUUAUUUUUUUUAAUGAAAUUCUAUAUUAAUAUAGUUGAUUAUGGAUCAGAAAAUGUACUUGUACAGUUUAAUAAAGAAGUAUCUUCCCAGCUUUGGAUGAUGAAUAUUAAAACCUGGAGGCUUAUAUUCAAAACAUAACCAUAAUUACAACUUGUCAUUUGGUAUUCCUGACUAGACACAAUCUUCGAUUUGUCCAAGGAAUGAUGGUUUGGAAUAGUGGACGUACUAUUUUAGUCUUUAGUUAUGAAAUACGUACACAUAUAACCAAAAAUAAAUUAGCAUCAGAGAAAAUGAAGUAUUGUACAGUAACUAUGAGAAUCAGUGGUGGAACUGGCUACCCUGUUUUACCGUUAUGUCAGGGUAAGGAGUAUUAUCCCUGUUUUACUGUUUUAUGUCAGGGAAAGGAGUAUUAUCCCUGUUUUACCAUUAUAUGUCAUGGUAAGGAGUAUUAUCCCUGUUUUAUGUCGGGGAAAGGAGUAUUAUCCCUGUUUUACUGUUAUAUGUCAUGGUAAGGAGUAUUAUCCCUGUUUUACUGUUAUAUGUCAUGGUAAGGAGUAUUAUCCCUGUUUUACUGUUAUAUGUCAUGGUAAGGAGUAUUAUCCCUGUUUUACUGUUAUAUGUUAUGGUAAGGAGUAUUAUCCCUGUUUUACUGUUAUAUGUCAUGGUAAGGAGUAUUAUCCCUGUUUUACUGUUAUAUGUCAUGGUAAGGAGUAUUAUCCCUGUUUUACUGUUAUAUGUCAUGGUAAGGAGUAUUAUCCCUGUUUUACUGUUAUAUGUCAUGGUAAGGAGUAUUAUCCCUGUUUUACUGUUAUAUGUCAUGGUAAGGAGUAUUAUCCCUGUUUUACUGUUAUAUGUCAUGGUAAGGAGUAUUAUCCCUGUUUUACUGUUAUAUGUCAUGGUAAGGAGUAUUAUCCCUGUUUUACUGUUAUAUGUCAUGGUAAGGAGUAUUAUCCCUGUUAUUACUGUUAUAUGUCAGGGUAAGGAGUAUUAUCCCUGUUUUACUGUUAUAUGUCAUGGUAAGGAGUAUUAUCCCUGUUUUACUGUUAUAUGUCAUGGUAAGGAGUAUUAUCCCUGUUUUACUGUUAUAUGUCAUGGUAAGGAGUAUUAUCCCUGUUUUACUGUUAUAUGUCAUGGUAAGGAGUAUUAUCCCUGUUUUACUGUUAUAUGUCAUGGUAAGGAGUAUUAUCCCUGUUUUACUGUUAUAUGUCAUGGUAAGGAGUAUUAUCCCUGUUUUACUGUUAUAUGUUAUGGUAAGGAGUAUUAUCCCUGUUUUACUGUUAUAUGUCAUGGUAAGGAGUAUUAUCCCUGUUUUACUGUUAUAUGUCAUGGUAAGGAGUAUUAUCCCUGUUUUACUGUUAUAUGUCAGGGUAAGGAGUAUUAUCCCUGUUUUACUGUUAUAUGUCAGGGUAAGGAGUAUUAUCCCUGUUUUACUGUUAUAUGUCAGGGUAAGGAGUAUUAUCCCUGUUUUACUUUUAUACUGUAUGUCAUGGUAUGGAGUUUUAUUUUAUGUAUCAUUUUCCUCUUCACUUCCAAAGCUUACAUUCCUUCCUUUCCCUUCCUUUAGUUACUUAGUGGUAGCAAACCACAAAGGUCAAUUUCACAUGUGGGAUUUCACAUUUCGUUCUUUUAUAUUUAUACAGAAGAAAUAAGUGAUUUAUGAUUCU